AUGAGAAGACCCCGACCCACAGGGAAACCCCACGAGAAGGCCAUGCGUCCCACAGGGAGCCCCCAGGAGAAGACCCCGACCCACAGGGAGCCCCCACGGGAGACCCCGACCCACAGGGAGCCCCCAGGAGAAGACCCCGACCCACAGGGAGCCCCCAGGAGAAGACCCCGACCCACAGGGAGCCCCCACGGGAGACCCCGACCCACAGGGAAACCCCAUGAGAAGACCCCGACCCACAGGGAGCCCCCACGGGAGACCCCGACCCACAAGGAGCCCCCACGGGAGACCCCGACCCACAAGGAGCCCCCACGGGAGACCCCGACCCACAGGGAGCCCUCAAGGGAAGACCCCGACCCACAGGGAGCCCCCAGGAGAAGACCCAGACCCACAGGGAGCCCCCAGGAGAAGACCCCGACCCACAGGGAGCCCCACGAGAAGACCCCGACCCACAGGGAGCCCCCACGGGAGACCCCGACCCACAAGGAGCCCCCACGGGAGACCCCGACCCACAGGGAGCCCUCAAGGGAAGACCCCGACCCACAGGGGGCCUCCGAGAGAAGACCCCGACCCACAGGGAGCCCCCAGGAGAAGACCCCGACCCACAGGGAGCCCCCAGGAGAAGACCCCGACCCACAGGGAGCCCCACGAGAAGACCCCGACCCACAGGGAGCCCCCACGGGAGACCCCGACCCACAAGGAGCCCCCACGGGAGACCCCGACCCACAGGGAGCCCUCAAGGGAAGACCCCGACCCACAGGGGGCCUCCGAGAGAAGACCCCGACCCACAGGGAAACCCCACGGGAGACCCCGACCCACAGGGAAACCCCACGGGAGACCCCGACCCACAGGGAGCCCCACGGGAAGACCCCGACCCACGCGGCCCGGGGACCCCGGGCGGGCUGCCAGGAGGAGGCAGCUGGCAGGGCGGAGGGGCUGCUUCCUGUGCCCUCAGGGCCCCAGGCCCCUCGGCGCGGGGUCGGGGGUCGGCGAGGGGACACUGUGGGACAGCUCGGCGGGACAGCGACAUCGGAGGCCCCUGUGCGGGUCCCGGCCGACAGGACGGCGGGGACGGAGCCGGGGCGGCGGCGGGCUCAGGCCGGUGCGGGCGGGGACGGGGGCAGCGGGGCUCCGGGGACGGACGGGCACCCGGGGCACAGGCACCGCGGACGCGGGGACGCGGCGGCACAGCCCGAGACCGCCCGACUACGGUUCCCGGCGUGCACUGCGCGGCGAGCCCCGCCCAGCCCCGCGGCCGGACUACAUUUCCCGGCGUGCACGGCGCGACGCGCGACGCCACUUCCGUCCGCGAGCGUGUGGGAGCGAGCGGCCGAGUGUUUACUUCCGGCCGCCGCGGGCUGA